AAAAUUGUGUGUACAAAUUUAUUAACCGUAUAAAAUAUGUUAUUUAAUACUUCCGCUUUUAGAAAAUAUUCAAAAAUUAUAAGUUAUAAGAAAUUAAAUAGUCAAAGCUUUUUAUAUAAAAAAAUAUUUAAAAUAACCAGUAACACGCCUUCUCUAAUACUUAAUUUCAAAUCAAAAAUUGAAUUAUAUUUUUUCUUCCAGACCGACCACAUAAACAAAAAUCAAAAUGCCUUUCAAACCCGCAGAUAACCCAAAAUGCCCAAAAUGCGGUAAAUCCGUAUAUGCUGCCGAAGAAAAAGUAGCUGGUGGUUACAAAUUCCACAAAACAUGUUUCAAAUGUGGAAUGUGCAACAAAAUGUUGGACUCCACCAAUGUAACUGAACACGAAUCUGAACUAUACUGCAAGAACUGCCAUGGUCGUAAAUACGGACCCAAAGGUUACGGAUUCGGUGGUGGUGCUGGGUGCUUAAGUAUGGACGACGGUGCACAGUUCAAAGCUGACCCUGAUUCAGUUACCAGCCGGGCUCCCUUAAUUUCAAAAUCUACUGCUAAGGCUCCUGAAGGAGAGGGAUGUCCCAGAUGUGGGGGCUUUGUCUAUGCUGCUGAACAGAUGCUUGCCCGUGGAAGAGCUUUCCACAAAACCUGCUUCAAAUGCGCUGACUGUAAGAAGGGAUUGGAUUCCUAUAAUGUAGCUGAAGGUCCAGAUAAGGAUAUAUACUGUAAAGUUUGUUACGGAAAACGAUUUGGACCUAAAGGAUACGGAUAUGGUCAAGGUGGUGGCACCCUCCAGAGCGACUGUUUUUCUGUCAGUGGGCAAUCUCCUCACACCACUCUCGUCGACACAGCCUGCAUCAAAGCCAAACCAGGUCAGGGUUGUCCUCGUUGUGGUGGUGUAGUCUUUGCCGCUGAAGAAGUUCUUGCUAAAGGUCGACCAUGGCAUCGCAAGUGUUUCAAGUGUAAAGAUUGUACCAAAACAUUGGACUCCAUCAACGCUUGUGACGGACCUGAUAGGGAUGUUUACUGCAAGACCUGCUACGGAAAGAAAUGGGGACCUCAUGGUUACGGUUUCGCUUGUGGAUCUGGCUUUUUACAAACUGAUGGCCUAACCGAUGAUGAAAUUUCUGCUAGCCGACCUUUCUACAACCCAGAUACGACUUCGAUUAAGGCCCCUCCUGGUCAAGGUUGCCCAAGAUGUGGAGGAAUGGUCUUCGCUGCCGAACAACAACUGGCAAAGGGAACUAUGUGGCACAAAAAAUGUUUCAAUUGCGCUGAAUGCCAUAGACCUCUCGACUCUGUUCUCGCUUGUGACGGUCCAGAUAAAGAGGUUCAUUGCCGUGCUUGCUACGGCAAACUUUUUGGACCUAAAGGAUUCGGUUUUGGUCAUGCUCCAACUUUGGUUUGCGCCGAUGGUACUGCACCCGCUGUCCAUGAUCCCAGACCAAACAGUGGCCAUAAAGCCGCACCCGGAGAAGGUUGCAAGCGUUGUGGAUACUCUGUAUACGCAGCUGAACAAAUGAUUAGCAAAAAUGGAAUUUGGCACAAGAGGUGCUUCAGCUGCGCUGAUUGCAACCGCUCUUUGGACUCUACGAUCCUUAACGAUGGACCCAACGGAGAUAUCUACUGCAGAGGAUGUUAUGGUAGAAACUUUGGUCCUAGAGGUGUAGGCUUUGGAAUGGGUGCAGGAGCCCUUACUAUGGCUUGAAGUGAAACAUUACUUUCUUAAUCAAUAAAAACUUUGAGAUAUUGAAAGCAAAAACAAUUUGUCAACUACGGAAAUCUUAUAAUUUGGGUUAUUGUUUAAAAAAUCCCGAACAUUCCAUUUUAUAAGGUUUCCGUUCAUAGAAGAAAUUGGUUAAGACUGUACGAACAGAUGAGUUUACUUUGCAGUUUUAUUUAUAUUUAUGCUUUGAAGCGCAUAUUUUUGACUUAAUUUUUGAGAUAUUGAAUUUUUUAUUCCAUUUUUGAGAAGGAGAGGAAGUAAAUGAAGGAAUGGUUCCAAUUGCCAGUGAGAAACUGAACUGAGUAUUUUUUCAGUUACCUAUUUAUACAAACCGUCUUUUUUCUAAAUAAACAUCGAAAAAAAAAAACUUAAAAAAACAGUUUCUUGGGUUAGGUAAUUGAAAGUGGAUAUUCAAUUUAGUUGCAAAGGACGAACGACCAGGAAAACCUGAGAUUUUUUUAUAUAUCUACAUCGGCCACUUUGUUGGUCUAUCGACAGCUUAGCGCUUUUGCCUAAAUUAAUACUAGAUAAGUUUUUUUUGCUGAUAUACUGAUUAUACCGAAUUUUUUUGUCUAGUUGUAAUUAAUAAAGUUAUAAUAAAAAGUUGAAGUUA